AGUUGGUAGGGGUAUCGCGGUGAAGCUCCGCGUCUUUGUUUCAGCCUGUAUCUGUCCCAUUUCAACUCGGCAUCUCCUGCAGUCUCACUCUCUCUGCCGCUCCAUCACGGUGUCACACAGGUCUGGAUGAUCGCAAGGACACCAGGAUGGCUGUGAACCUCAGUAAGAACAGACUGGCUAUUCUGACUGCGUACCAGGAUGUUAUCGACGAAACAUCUUCCACAGACUGGGCUUUGUACAUGUAUGAGGACAACAGUGAUGACCUAACACUGGCAUCAACAGGAGGGGGAGGACUGGAAGAGAUCACAGACACCUUUGACAAUGGGCACAUCAUGUACGGUUUCUGUAGCCUGAAGGAGCCAUCAACCAUCCUGCCCCACUACAUUCUCAUUAACUGGGUGGGUGAAGAUGUCCCUGAUGCCAGAAAGUGUGCCUGUGCUAGCCAUGUGGCCACAAUCGCUGAAUUCUUCCAGGUCAGUCUCCCAGAGGGGGUGGAUAUUGUGGUCAAUGCCAGCAGUGUGGAGGACAUUGACCCGGUCGCUAUUGGACAGAGACUGACCAAUGGGACAGUCCCGGUGGCAAGCCCAGUCCUGAGCCGACUGCUAACCAGAGAUGAGGAGGGGAUGGAGACUGUGGGUACCAGCUACCAGAAGACCAAUGCAGAGAUGGAGCUGAAGAAGCUUAACAGGGAGGAAUUCUGGGAAAAGGCCAAGCGUGAGGAGGAGCUGCGGAAGGAGGAGGAGAGGAGGAGGGUGGCGGAGGAGAGGCAGCGGUUCGAGGAAGAGCGAAUGGCACUGGAACGGCAGGAGCAGGAGGAGAGGGAGAGGAGAUACCGCGAGAGGGAGCGACAGAUCGAGGAGCACAGGAGGAAGCUGCUGGCACAGGAGGAAGAGGCGGCUCGGGGGAGGCUGAAGGCCCAUGCAGAGGGGACCCAGGAGGGCAAUCCAGAGAAGAGGGAGUCAGAGGUGGAGGUGGGUCAUUCUGCCAUUUUCCUGCAAGAGUGCGCUGCAGCGGCAUUCAUCAUUGGCCAGAGGAGGAAUAAUCCACGGGAUUUCUUCAGACAGAGAGAGAGAGCGAUGGCCUGCAGCUUUGACAGCUCCUCUGUCAACUUCCACAGGACAGGCCGGUUGGACAGCCCCUUCUUGAAGACGCAGCACAGUCUUCCUGAGCCCAGCUGGCCCCCCUACCGCCCCCCACAGGCAUCUUACAGUGUGCCCCAUAUCAGACUGCACGCAAGUUCAUCUGUCGAUGAUCCUCAUGGGGACUCAGAGUGCGGCAGGGGGACCAUCCUGUCUGCAUCCAUCCCCAAAAUCAUCACCACACCCAUCCCGGAGGAGAGCGAGGACGGUGGGCGAGACGAGGCCACUGACCUGCAGGACCCACCCCCUCCUCAGAGUAUGACCCCCCAAUCCAGGGUCCCCUAUGAUCCGACCCCCUCAGAACCCUCCAAGCCACAAGAGAUGGAUGACCCGCUUGACCUAUGGGAGACAACGUUUGACGACGCACAGCCCCACCCCCACGCCCGGCCCCAGCCUCUCCUUAGCUUCGACGAGUUCCCAGAGGGGCUGGUAGAUGAGGACGACCCUUCCAGCCUGGUGGAUGUUGGCGGACCCCACCAGAUGACCCUCAGCUACCAGCAUGCACUGCAGCGUGCUUCUGGAUCUGACAGCCAGGAACUAGAUGACGGACAUCUGCUCCUCACCAAUGGGGACAGCCUGCUUAAAGAAGGAGCACAGGCCAGCGAAGGCUACUUCAGCCAGUCACAGGAGGAGGAGUUUGCCCAAUCAGAAGAGUGCUCUUCAAAGGAGACCCCGAUGCCAGUGUUGUAUAACAAACCUCCAGAGAUUGACAUCACCUGCUGGGACGCAGACCCUGUGAUGGAGGAGGAAGAGUAUGGGGCAGAGGAAUGAAGAGGGAGGGCCACCUGCUGAAACACAAAAAUGUUACAAAAAUGUAAUAAUGUAAUAAUGUAAUAAUGUCUUGCAUACAAAAAUAACCUAUGAAACAAUCAAAAUAGUAGAUUAUAUCCAGGUUAGUGUUAAAGAUGCCAGUUUAGCUCUUUUUGUCUUUGUAUCGUGUGCUGAGUGCGUUACGGACUUGCUCCCCUUGCAGACUGCUACACGUUCCCCACCAGACCUGGGCCAAAUACCUUUUUGAAGUGCCUGGAUUUAUUAGCACCGGGAAAAUUACAAAACAAUACAGCAGAUCCCUUGGUGUUUUCAACAAAACGUGCCACUUACCAAAAUGAACAGUCAUAAGAAGAAAGCAUUUUAAUAUGUGACGUUUAAAAAAAAAAAAAAAAACCUUUAGGACCUUUACUAGGGUCUAAGAGGCUGAAGUAUUUCAAAUAAUUAUUUUGCCCAGGUCUGUUUGCUAGCAAUGGCACGGAACCUAUCCCAAACCUGGGACAUUUAACAAAAUCCAGCAUGUCUUAAUGGAACCCAGCACAUGCUCAGUAGCUGCUUAAGAGUUUUCGUCUGUCCUGUUGAGAGGAGGGAGACCUGCUGUCACACCCCCCCUUCCCAACACCCCUUCUCAUUUUCGGGUUUUGGACACAGCAAUUAAUGAGGAAUGAUAUUCAGUUAAUAGGUGUCAGUAUCUAGCUCUGCAAUAAAUUAGAUGUGGAUGUGUGCGUGCGUGCGUGUGUGUGUGUGUGCGUGCGUCUAUGUGUGUGCGUGUAUGUGUGAGGGAGUUCGGGUAGGUUAGGUUUGUAUUGUGUUUAUGCAUGUGUCUAAGACUGAGUGUGUGCUAUUGGUUAUGGUCCUCAUAUAUCUUUACAUACAGCAUUAGAAUUUUUGGCCAAAAAAACUGUAGAUUAAAUUGGUAUAUCAGAGAUUUGUAAAUGCAUUUAGUAAAAUAUGCUAGAAUGACUAUGUUUUCAAAAAGGAACCAGAAAGAGAGAGCGAGGAAAAAAAAGACUUUGAUAAAAAAUAAAAAUAAUAAUAAUACAUCUUUAUAUAUAUAUAGAUACAUGUUACUCUGAAAUCAGCAUGGGCUAUAUUUUGAUCAGAGGUUUAAGCUGAAAAAUAGUUUUCAUCACUCCUGGCAGAAUGAAGAAGCUUAAUGCCGUUUCCAUUUUUUAAUAAAAUACUCUCGCUCUCCCAGCUCCACACAUUAGAGCAAAAAAUAAAAUUAAAAAUGUAAUACCACUGUUUCCAUCUUUUAUGAGGAGACAUAUUUUUUGCAGUUUUAUGUCAGUACAAUGUGAAACUCUAACGAAAAGGAACUUUGCUGAAGGGGGGGGGGGGGGGGGCUUUAAUUAAAGGCACUUUAAUAUUUUUUAAAAAUGGGGUGGAGCUGAGUAAGCAAUAAAAGAAACAAUCCUUGUGGUGUGAAUAAUGAUUAUAUAUUUAGUAGUAGUAUUGCUGAUGCCAUUUGUAAUUGCUACCUACCUGUCCUGUGUGUUGCCAUGCAUACAUAAGGUAACUGGGGAUUUUCAGUAUUGAGAGAGGUGAGGGCGGGGUCAAUAAGCUCUCACAAUCAAUGAGUUUCUUUAACAUUAACCUGCGACCCGACGGCAUUUUCAUUUUCUCUCUCAUUCACCGUUAAACUCCAUUUUGUUUAUUUCAUUCCUCUCCCCAGGAUACACCCUCCAAGAUUUCUGCUUUCUUCCGUUCUUGUUCCUUUCUUACAUAAUGCUCAUCUUUUUUCCAUCCAGUUUUCAUAUACCUAGUUUCUGAAUAAAGAAAGAAAGAAAGAAAGCACAAGCCUUUUUCUGUGACAUGGUAAGACCGUUCUGUAAGAGCUGGUGUACAUUAAUAAAGGAUUCUCAAACCUU